AUGUCACAAGAGACGGACAAUAAAAACCGGCUUGUGACUAUAGUGCCAAGUGAUGCUGCAUUCAAUACUAGAAGAGCCUACACCAGCGAAGAUGAAGCUUGGAAAUCUUACCUGGAGAACCCCUUAACGGCAGCUACUAAGGCUAUGAUGAGCAUCAAUGGGGAUGAGGACAGUGCUGCUGCUCUUGGAUUACUGUAUGAUUAUUACAAGGUUCCCAGAGAUAAAAGACUAUUGCCUGUUAACAAAGUGAAUGAUAAUCAAGAUGACCAGGAUAAAAGAAACUGUCUUUCCACCAGUGAAACUCAGAGUAAUGUGAGCAGCAAUGGUGAAAACAGAGUGCAGGUCUUGAAAACGGUACCAGUUAAUCUUUCCUUGAAUCAGGAGCAGUUGGAGACAUCCAAAAGGGAGCAGCAGUUCAGUUCCAGUGUAUCUGGAAGCCCAACUUCUAUUUCUGUGACAGGAGUGAUGGUGGUGAAAGCAGAAGACUAUACCCCGAUUUACAUGGCCCCAUCAGUGCAUUAUGCAAGGGGAGAAAAUGAGGAGCACCGGGGGGUUAUAUUUGAGCACGGACAUUACGAAGUACCCAGCAUCACGCCCCACUCAACCUAUGUGAAAGAUGACCAGAGAAGCACUCCUGAUAGUACUUACAGUGAUACUUUUAAAGAUGGAGGGGCCGAGAAAUUUCGCAGUGGUUCUGUGGGACCUGAGGAAUAUAUUUAUGAACAAUCAGCCAACAGCACUUUUCGGUAUACAUUGGAAGCAACCAAAUCCCUUCGUCAAAAGCAAGGAGAAGGACCCAUGACCUACUUAAACAAGGGGCAGUUUUAUGCCAUAACUUUGAGUGAGACUGGAGACAAUAAAUGUUUCAGACAUCCAAUCAGCAAAGUCAGGAGUGUGAUCAUGGUUGUGUUCAGUGAAGACAAAAACCGUGAUGAACAGCUGAAACACUGGAAGUACUGGCAUUCUCGGCAGCACACGGCUAAGCAGAGGGUCCUUGAUAUUGCUGAUUACAAGGAGAGUUUCAACACCAUUGGGAAUAUUGAAGAAAUUGCCUAUAAUGCUGUGUCUUUUACUUGGGAUGUCAAUGAAGAAGCAAAGAUUUUCAUCACAGUGAACUGCUUGAGCACGGACUUCUCGUCUCAAAAAGGAGUAAAAGGUCUUCCUUUGAUGAUUCAGAUUGACACAUACAGUUACAAUAAUCGCAGCAAUAAACCCAUCCAUCGUGCCUUCUGCCAAAUCAAGGUUUUCUGUGACAAGGGAGCUGAGAGGAAAAUCCGAGACGAAGAGAGAAAGCAAAACAGAAAGAAAGCAAAAGGCCAGCUACAGCAACCCCCAUGCAGUAACGCUGAAGGGAAACUUGCCACUGUCCCUCUCCAGAAGAAGAGUGACAUCACCUACUUCAAAACAAUGGCUGACCUCGACUCGCAGCCUGUUCUCUUCAUUCCAGAUGUUCACUUUGGGAACCUCCAAAGAGCUGGACAGGUUUACUAUAACACAGACGAUGAGCGAGAAGGCAGUAGCAUCUUGGCUAAAAGGAUAUUCCGGGCAGUAGAGGAUGACUUUGCCCCACCCCCAUUGAAACAAAUAAAAGAAGAAGGAGCAAAACGAGUGCUGCUAUAUGUGAGGAAAGAGGCUGAUGAAGUGUUCGAUGCUUUGAUGUUAAAGUCCCCCACUGUAAAGGGACUAAUGGAAGCGAUUUCUGAGAAAUACGGUCUUCCAUCUGAAAAGAUUAUGAAGCUUUACAAGAAGAGCAAAAAGGGGAUCUUGGUAAAUAUGGAUGAUAACAUAAUUGAACAUUAUUCCAACGAAGACACAUUCAUCCUAAACAUGGAAAGCAUGGCGGAAGGCUUCAAGGUCACAUUGACAGAGAUCUAAUUUAGAUCAAGUUGCAGUCCCUUGAAGUCAUAGCAUUUUGCCCUUGUCUUAAGACAGAGAACUAUUCUUCUAAAGCCCUAGUGACCCACUGUUGCUGAGAAGACAGGCUGUUACAAAACUCCAUUGGGAAUCAACUCACAUUCCUCCCGUUUGGCACAGGAAGCAAACCUGGUGCUUACUGACUGGCCAGUGCAAAUUGAGCCCACACACCACCACACAGUUCCUUAUUUAUUGCUCCUCACUCUGCAGAAUGUAAAUAUUCAGUGGACAUUGGACUUUGCAACCUUGGCUAUUACAAGGGUGCAGCAAUGACUUUUUAUGGAAGAAAAUAAAAUUGGGGAUUUGCAUUAGUUCAACUGAGAUUCUGUAAUUAAAACUGCACCCUUCAAAGUAAAUCAUUAGAUACAUGCAGAGCUGAUGUUGUGGAAGGGGCCGAUCGCUUGCACAAAGCUGCCGAGUAACAUGUGGUUUAGCCAUAUUUUUCCAGGCACUUCCCAGGACAGGGCAAGUAAGGACUGUAAGAUGCUCAGAUGAUUUGCAAGCAAAACACCAUCCAUUUGAACCUCUGUACAUAAUGUUUAUAAUAAUGUAAUAAUAUAUUUUUCCUACACAUGUGGGCAUGCUUACUGCCACUAUGAUUUGUGCUGCAGUCAGAAGGUGGAGGCCUCUUGCUGAAGAGGGAAGUCCUGCCACUGGCGAUUCAUUGUGCUGAGAGGCUGAGGUUUGUUUUUGCGCCUUCUGCCUUGUCGCUUGUCCAGCAUCCACAGAACAAUGUCAAAGCUUGUGGUGUCGCAUUUGACAUUCAAUCCAUAACUUGGGAGUCUUUGUGGCUCAUCC